AUGGCACUGGCGGAGUCCCAUAAGGCUAGCGAGGAGAAUUCCGCGGGAGCGCGUACGUUAUUUGGCAAUGUCACAAACAAGUCGUGCACAAAAACAGUCAACACUUCACAAGAUACCCCUCGUGGCUCUCAUUUCUGCAGGAAAACAAAUUGUGUGACGGCGGCAGCGGCGCCAUCGAUGGCUGCACCCCCGCGAAAAAACGGCUCGGUUUCGUCACUAGAAGAAAGUUCGACGCAUGUCGACCGCCAAACCCCACGAGAAUUAGGCGGCGGUGGUGCUGGCGCAGAGGAGAAGCACGUCGGAUGCGCCGAUCCCGUGACUCUACUGGAGGAGCAGGAGGAGGUCUCGCCACGAAAGAAGAUGCAACGCCCACGGAAGUUUCUUGAGAAAUAUUUUUUUCUGAAGAAUCUCAACGCCCUGCCCCUAACGCCGGAAAGGGAGAAAAACGGUGCAACGUCGGCUCCGUUUCGUCGUGUGUCGGUGGAAGAACCCGCCACCGGCGUUUCGGGUUUGGGGGCGCCACCGCCGCCGCCGCCGCCGCCUCCAUCCGAGAACAAUGGGGACCAUUCAACAGCAAGCCUUGUACGCUCACGCCGCUUUGAUGCCCCGAGGCCCAGUGUCCUUUUUUAUGUGGACAUUUUGCGUAACAAACAACCUCAAGAGAGAGAUGGAAGUGACAAUGUCAGAAUGUCGCCUGCAAAAGUGACUGUCUCCCGUCGCAGCUCCAUUAAUAUGCAAAAACACGAAGUGGUGCCGCCAACUCUUGUGAUUCGGUGGCUGAGCCAGGAAGCGGAUCCUCCUCUCCCGGAAAGGGAGGCGGAUGAUGGAAAAGUUGCGGAGGAGCUUACAGCGCCUAAUAACCCAGCAAAGGAUGUGAAAAGCGUUUCACGUAGUCGUUCUGCACUUGAAGAAACAUCUUCAUACACGGAUGGUAUUGAUCUCAGUGCCAUUUCGGCAAUUCAUGAAGAAGAGGUAUUGAUUGACUUUGAUGGGUCCACGACCUCCACACGUCUUCCCUUUUCAACGUUAGAUCAGGUAAAAGAUAUUCUUUUAAAAGAGAGCCGUAUUCAAGAGGAAGGGGCGUGCGCUGUACUGUCCACACCGAAAGACGUGGCUGAAGGGUUCACGCAGCAACCUACCCACAUGCCAGAAACAGAUGGGGGUAUUACUGAAGAUAACAUCAAUCACUGGAUACUGUCUUUUGCAGGACGUCCAUGUGGUAACGCGGAUACCUUGUGGCAUGCCAUUGAUGAAUUCCUUUCCUUGUAUUUUAUGGACCAGUUCAAGGCACACGAGGCAGAGGUAUUGGAGGCAGCCUUUGUGGUGGGGUAUACCCAGAUGGUUGCGCUCCCAAUGACGAGGAUGUUGGAAUCUUCUGAUCGGCGUAUCUUGUGCAUGAAACGAGACAUUUAUAUUCGACGUAUGAUUGAGUUUUUCAUGUUGACUCUACCAGUGAGACGCGGGAAAAAGCUCUUUGGACGCAUCCGCUCUGCGUCUUGCCAACAGACGAGGCAAAGUCUGUUAGCACCUCGGAGUGUCUCUCAGUCAACUCAUCAACUGGGCUGCAGGUUUUCCGCUCGUGGCGUGAGGAGUUUGCCGGGCGUCAUGCAACGCGACGCACGCGUCAGUGGAAGGGGCGGGAAAGCUUACAGUGGGGCUGCAGAAGCCAACUUCAAGGCGUUUUCACAAGCACCGUCAAGGCCCAUUAGACUUCGGGCCUACAGGAUUGUCCCACCCGUGCCAAGAAAGAUCACACCGAAACGUUCACCAAGAGACGAUGAAUUGAUGGACAUCAUGAAACUCGACUUGUCUUGA